AUGGGUGAAGAAACUCUCAACGAAGACGGAAAAGUAGUUUUAAAACGGAAAAUAACUCUAUUUAAUGGUGUCGGAAUUAUAAUCGGGACUAUUAUUGGUUCCGGAAUUUUUAUAUCUCCGACGGGAGUUUUCAUUUACACAGAAUCGGUUGCGGCUUCUCUCAUUAUAUGGCUCGUCUGUGGUUUACUAUCUACAUUGGGCGCUCUAUGCUAUGCGGAGCUCGGAACUUCCAUUACGAGAUCUGGUGGUGAUUACGCCUACAUUUAUACCGCGUUUGGUCCGUUGCCGGCUUUCCUCAGGCUCUGGAUAGCUUUGCUCAUUAUUAGGCCCACAACACAAGCUAUUGUCGCCCUGACCUUCGGACAUUACGUCGUGAAGCCUUUCUUCCCAGAGUGUGAUCCACCCCAGGAUGCUGUCAAGCUACUUGCUGCUGUUUGUUUAUGUAUCCUAACUGCUAUCAACUGCAUAAGCGUUCGAUGGACGAUGAGGAUACAAGAUGUGUUCACCUCCUCCAAGCUGCUGGCGUUGGUGAUUAUCAUAAUUGCCGGUAUAUACUACAUUUGUAUAGGUCACACGGAAAAUUUCCAACGACCUUUCGAGGGUAAAUAUUAUCCCGGAAGUAUUGCGCUGGCUUUCUACUCCGGGCUCUUCGCUUUCGGAGGUUGGAACUAUCUAAACUUUGUCACUGAAGAACUACAGGAUCCUUACAAAAAUUUGCCACGAGCUAUUUGGAUCGCGAUGCCCAUGGUGACGAUCAUCUAUGUAAUGGCGAACUUGGCUUACUUCGCAGUCGUAUCCAAGAUGGAAAUGAUGUCGAAUCCUGCAGUGGCUGCUGUUUUCGGAGAUCGUUUAUUCGGUAGUUGGAGUUGGAUGAUCCCAGUGUUCGUGGCGCUUUCAACAUUCGGUGGUGUGAACGGAGUUCUAUUUACAUCGGCGAGACUGUUUGCCACCGGAGCGCAAGAGGGCCACAUGCCCGCUUUCUUUUCGUUGUUCCACACAAAGAAACAAACACCGAUACCGUCGCUUAUCUUUACUUGCCUGAUCUCGCUUCUCAUGCUGACGACGAGCAACGUGUUCGAUUUAAUAAACUACUUCUCUCAAACUCUGUGGCUGUCCGUCGGUGCGUCUGUUGUAGGCAUGCUUUGGCUGCGACGUGCGAAACCUAACAUACCUAGACCAAUUAAAGUCAACAUUGUCAUACCCUACGUUUUCCUAAUCGCGAUUGGCUGUCUUGUUAUAAUUCCCGCCAUAACUAAUCCAAAAGAUACAGCUAUAGGUAUAGCGAUACUCUUAUCCGGUAUUCCUGUUUAUUAUUUGUGUGUUAAAUGGAAGAACAAACCGGAUAACUACCACGCUUUCUCCGGUUGCUUGUUAAGGUUCAUGCAGAAACUUUGUUCUUGUGUUUACGUUGAUUCUGUCGAGAAACUGACUAAUUAG